ACAUUGCUAUUAAUGCCGUAAUCGGCGAGUGAAACGUCUCCAACCAAAGUGAACGAAACGGAGGAUUCGUGAACAAAUUACCUUAUCGCCAGCGAAGAGAUAUGAAAUUAAUAUUUUUAUCUAAAAACUGUGCAGUUCACUCGUACAAGUGUUGAUUGUGAUGCGGAUGUGUAUUGAUUGCAACUAGACGUGGAUACCAGUGCAGUUUUAGCAAAUCCCGAGUUAUUCGAGAUUUCUGAAGCCACCCUUGAUAAAUUGUGCUUUAUUAGUGACAAGACAACCGUCGAGUAGAACGCAAAAAUGCAGGCGAUUAAAUGUGUAGUCGUCGGGGACGGUGCCGUCGGUAAAACAUGCCUGCUCAUCAGUUACACCACAAAUGCCUUCCCAGGAGAGUACAUACCCACAGUAUUCGACAACUACUCGGCGAACGUGAUGGUAGAUGGCAAGCCAAUCAACCUGGGCCUAUGGGAUACGGCUGGUCAGGAAGAUUACGAUAGGCUGCGACCACUGUCCUACCCACAGACCGAUGUGUUCCUUAUAUGCUUCUCGCUUGUCAACCCAGCGUCGUUUGAAAACGUUCGGGCUAAGUGGUUCCCCGAAGUGAGGCAUCACUGCCCGUCAACACCCAUCAUCCUGGUCGGUACCAAGCUCGAUCUCCGCGAAGACAAGGACACCAUUGAGAAGCUGAAGGACAAGAAACUCGCGCCUAUCACCUACACACAGGGUCUCGGCAUGUCGAAAGAGAUCAGCGCGGUGAAGUACCUGGAGUGCUCGGCGCUGACGCAGAAGGGCCUGAAGACGGUGUUCGACGAGGCGAUCCGAGCCGUCCUGUGUCCCGUGCAGCCGAUCAAGCCGCGGCGGAAGUGUACGCUGCUUUAAGGAUUUGUGUACCACUGUCAGAUAAGAUAGCGUAGUACAGACGUCGAUGCCAGUGUAUACAGCAUAGCUUACAUAGAGCGCACCAACAUCAGUAUAAAUGUGCAUAAACACACGCUCUAUAACUGAAUGGACUGCAAUAAAUGCAUACAUAGAUGUUAAUUUUUACUGUUAAAGUACGCAUUAUUAAUUAAUUAAUAUGUAACGUGGGUUGGUGUGAGUGAGGUCCGUUUAAUGUAUAACGCUUUUUUAUAUCGACCGGGUAUUCUUGUCACUGGCAGUUUGUAUGCUGCAAAGAGAUUUACCUAUGCCUAGCUUUGAAUAUUGUCUAUGGACGUCACUGGAAUCUUUAUUCAAAUGUUCUUUUUGUGAAUCAUGUGCCACUAUGUUCUACAUUGGUUAUUAUUUGUACACUAUUUCACAUUAUACCACCGCCUGUCAGUGACUACUAGGUAAUCCGAGUUCUAACUCAUAUUUGGGUGCUUUACUAAAAUCUAGAACAUCGCUAUUACGAAAGUGUAAUUACAUUCCUACAUCUAUGAUAAUUUCGGGUACAAAUUGUUUAAACAUACUUCACCGUCGUUUCUGAGCGGUUGUUUUAAAAAUGGAAUUGUUGAAAUUUUUGUUUGCCAGAGAUUAUAUUUUUCGAUUUA